AUGCUUGCAUAUGCAGCUAAAAUAUUACAGGAUCGUGGAUACAAUGAAAUUAAUUUAAACUGCGGAUGUCCCAGUAAAACUGUUUCUUCUCACAACUUUGGUGCCAAGCUAAUGUUGGAUCCUCCUUUGGUACGUCGAAUCAUUGAAUCGAUGAAAGCAGAAGUAACGAUUCCCAUUACGGUCAAAUGUCGCAUCGGCGUCGACAACUGUGAUUCCUACGAAUCCCUGGUUCACUUUAUUUCCGUUGUUAGCGGGGUUUCUCCCUCUUCCGAUUCAUCUGCUGAAGAAGCGACUGAGCCAACUGAUGCUUCUGCAGCUUCCGCAGCCCCCCUCGUGUCCCACUUCAUUGUUCAUGCUCGGAAAUGUUGGUUGAACGGUGUAAACACGCGAGAAAACCGUCGAAUCCCCGAUCUGCGUCCUGAUUGGGUGUUUCGCCUCCUCGACGAUUUCCCGACAUUGGAUUUCACGCUAAACGGAGGAAUCAAAUCGUUUGCAGAGGCGCAGCGCUAUCUGGACGAAUUAUCACCGAAACGAGGCCGAAAGCUGCGUGGAGUGAUGAUAGGAAGAAUGGCGAUGCAAUGCCCGUGGAUGUUUCGACAUGUUGAUGAAAUCUUCUACGGAUGUAAAGGACCGGGGCUUUCUCGUAGACAAAUCGUAGAGCGGUACUGCGAUUAUGUAGAAAAACUACAGGAAACUCACCAAAAGUGGAAACCAAAGAAUGAUGUCGUGUUUCGACCGCUUUGCACUCUGUUUAGCGGAGCUCCAAGAGGAGGAGCCGUAUUUCGAGGCGUGCUGCAAGAUAAACUGUGCAUUCAAAAGAUGCCAAUUCGACAGGCAGUGAUGGAAUCUCUAAAAUGCUUUGAUUCGGAGGUGUUGGAUGAAAUUGAUGACUAUGAUCCUAAAAAUAUCGAGUCUUAUUCUGUAGUAAUUGAAUAG